CGAUUUCAACCCCCGCCUCUGCCCCGCAGGGGAAAGGACAGAGCAAAGGUGGCCAGGGACGAGGAGCCACGGGGGGCUCCACUCCCUGGCCCCCCGGAUUUUGGGAGCCCAGAUUUUAUCCGGCUUCAGGACCAUGGAGGAGCCCAGAGGGGCUGGAAUUUCCCUGGGUCAUGCCACGGGUCUCUGUGGCUGUCACUUGGGGCAGAGUUUGUGACGAGGACGCCCAUGUGUCCCGCAGGGAAGGAGCUCCCAGCGCUGGGAGCCAGAUCGUUUCCUCAGGAGGCUGACACAGGGGAGCUGCCGAGUGAAGCCGGGAGCUGCUGGUGGGUGAGAGACCCCCCAGGCUCCGCAUGGAUGGGAAUGGGCAGAGCUGCCCACAGUAGGAGCCCAGGGCAGCUGGAAAACUCCGGCCUCUUCCUCCGAGCUCUCCUGCUCCUCUUCCUCUGCAGGCAUGUCUCUUCCCAGUGCAAGAUCCUCCGCUGCAACUCGGACUACGUGGCGGCCACGCUGCACCUGCGCGGCCCCGACCGCGGCGCCGCGUUCUGCACCGCGCUGCGCUCCUACUCCCUGUGCACCCGGCGCACCGCCCGCACCUGCCGCGGCGACCUGGCCUUCCACUCGGCCGUGCACGGCAUCGAGGACCUCAUGAUCCAGAACAACUGCUCCAAGGAAGGGCCGACGGCCCCGCCACGGCCCCGGCCCCCGGCCCCCAACCCGCACGGCUUCGAGUCGCUCGAUAUCUGCGAUUACGAGCGGAGUUUCCUCUACAAGCACGGCCGCCCCCCCGGUUUCCAGCACUGUGCUGCCUUUGGGGACCCCCACAUCCGAACCUUCCACGAUGACUUCCACACGUGCCGGGUGGAGGGCUCCUGGCCGCUCUUGGACAACGACUACCUGUUCGUGCAAGCCACCAGUUCGCCGGUGGCCAAGGGGUCCAACGCAACAGUCACCAGCAAGCUGACCAUCAUCUUCAAGAACAUGAAGGAGUGCAUCGACCAGAAGGUCUACCAGGCCGAGCUGGACAACGUCCCUGCAGCCUUCCAGGACGGCUCCGUCAACGGGGGCGCGCGCCCGGGCGGGAGCAGCCUGGCCAUCUGGGAGCGCAGCCCCGGCCGGCACGUGGAGAUCCGCGCCGACUACAUCGGCACCACCAUCGCCGUGCGCCAGGCCGGCCGCCAGCUCUCCUUCUCCAUCCGUGCUGCCGAGGAGGUGGCCCGGGCCUUCACGGAGGAGCAGGACCUGCAGCUGUGCGUGGGCGGUUGCCCCCGCAGCCAGCGCAUGUCCCGCAGCCCCCGCGGGCGCGGCCGCGUCCCCGCGGAGACGGCGCGGGCGCUCUGCCGGGAGAUGCUGCCCGUGGAGGAUGUCUACUUCCAGUCGUGCGUCUUCGACGUGGUCACCUCGGGGGACACCAACUUCACCAUGGCAGCGCACGGGGCGCUGGAGGAUGCCCGGCUCUUCCUGCCCGAUGCUGAGAAGCUCCACAUCUUCCAAGCUGGAGGAGGCGUCCCGCUCACCUCUCCGUCGUUUCUCCUCCUCCUCUUCCUCCUCCCCUGUGGACUUUGGGCUGUUUUGUUGCACUUUUAACCCCUGCCUGCUGCACAGGGAACCCGUGAGAGCUGCUGGCUCCAAGCUGCAGCCAGGAGAGAUUGCUCACCUCGAAGGAGGUGUCCCAGAGACUCAAGAGAGGGAAGGGAUGAACCCUUGGUUUGCACCCACUGGUCUCACAUGGAUGGUGCAGCUGCUCCCAGCUCCUCUCCUGAAGGCAGAUCCAAAAUUUUCUGUUCCAUUCUGAAAUGUUCCUUUUCCCUUAAGGAUGUGACAUUGCAGUGCAUCAAAGAAAUAUAAACCCCCUGGGUUAGAAAGUCCCUCUGUCCCUCAGAGCCUUUCCAUAACUCACUUGCCACCUUUCCCCCCGUGUUAAUCCAGCAAAAUUCCACUCAGGAACCCUACAGAUCCAGAAACAACAGACUCAAAGCCCACAGCCCAAUUUUCAGCAGUUAAAAAAGUGGCGCUUUUUAUGGAUUUGGGACCCUUCACUCAGCAGAGCAAGGCCACAAAUCGGUUUGGGGAGUGUUGUGACCAAGAGGGAGACUUUCGAGUAGAAAUCAGCCGGUUUUGUCCAUGUGCUCCUUUUCCAGGAUAAAUAACAAGUGGAUCUCCAGCAGUGGGAGCUGUGGAGCCUGAGACCUCCGAUAUCCCAGGCCACUGUUGCUAUUUUUCCUUGUUUUCUUGGCACCUGUUGUGGACUCAAUUUAGCCGGGUCUGGACUUGGGACCGGUGUCGGGUUUUAGGGAGGACAAAACACCCCUUGGGAAUUCUCUCCCCUUGGGCCCAGAUUCUCUGUCACUGCUCAAAUCCAACCCAAACUGGAGCUUUCGCUUGGAAAACAGAAUUCCUGAUGGCAAAGAGCCAGCUGGGCACACGGAGGGGCAGGGUAUGGCCCCGUGGAAGGUGCAGAACUGCAGAGGGGAGGGCAAAUUUCACAUAAUUCAGAGGAUUUCAGUAAAGCAGAUGGAGCUCUACAGGAGAAAUCGUUUCCUUAGGGAAGACUUUAUUUUUAAUAAAGCAUUAAAAACUUGGCCAUCCCUGUCCCCCAGAAUUGCAGGAAGGGCUCGUGGAGGUGGGGGAAAGGGAAUUUCAGCCCCUCCAGGCACGGAGGCUCCAUCAAGGAAGGUUCUACAAUUCAUGUUUCAAUACAUCCCACGGGGUUUUCUCUCUCUUUGCUCUUCUGUGCCAGGAGCACAAAGGAAAUAAUUUUGUGGAUAUCACGGUGAGUUCCCCCUUGGAUGGGUGCUGAGAGCACACAGUGAGGAGCAGGGGACCUGCUCCGUGUCUUUUACCCUGCUCCUCGUAAUCCCUGAUGGGUUUGACA